GGGCGGGAGGAAGGGAGCCCCAGCCAAUCGUGUGAGCCGCUUCCCGCUCAGCGGGCCAAUGGCGGCGCGCUGGGGCUCUUUUUGAAGUCCGAAAGCGCGGGAAGAGGCGCCGUCGUCGUCGUCGAGGGGCUGAGCAGCCGCCUGAGGCGAUGAAUUACCUCAGAGGCGCGCUGGUAACAAACCAGGUGAAGAACAGCAUGACGGGGCAACAUAGCAAGGCUAGCAGCCUAGCAAGUUCUACACAAGGCCCUUUGGGAGAAAUCAGCAACAGGCUCGCAACCAGAAGAGCCAAAACAAUCAAGGAACCUCUUUCAACCGCUACGGAUGUGCCUGUGGAAGUGGACCUAUGCCAAGCCUUCUCAGAGAUGCUGCUUAGAAGCGACGUAGAAGACAUUGACGCUGAUGACGGGGAGGAUCCCCAGCUGUGCAGUGACUAUGUAAAAGACAUCUGUUGGUACCUGAGGAAGCUUGAACUGCAGCAAUGCGUGCGUCCCUUCUACCUUGACGGAACAGAGCUCAACGGGCGGAUGCGGGCCCUUUUGGUAGACUGGCUAGUCCAAGUCCACGCAAGGUUCCACCUCAUGCAGGAAACGCUCUACAUGUGUGUUGGCAUCAUGGAUCGCUACUUACAAGCUCAGGCAGUCCCCCGCAAGGAGCUCCAGCUGGUGGGUGUUACUGCCAUGCUUCUGGCUUCCAAAUAUGAAGAGAUCUAUGUGCCGAGAAUUGUGGAUUUUGUUUACAUCACCGACAGAGCAUACACGUCAUCCCAGAUCAGGGCAAUGGAGCGCAUGAUCCUGAAGGAGUUGGACUUUGUGUUUGGCCGCCCACUUCCUCUUCACUUCUUGAGAAGAGCUGUCAAAAUCUCUGAGGCGACAGCUGAAGUAUACAUGUUGGCAAAAUAUUUGAUGGAACUGGCCCUUGUAGACUACGACCUUGGGUGCCUUCUAGCCCUUCAGAAGAGCAGCUGCGACCCCCCUCUGCUUGUCUCAGAAGGUCUUUUCACAAGGCCACUGGACCCCAAAGCUGUGCUACUACACUAGCUAUGAAGAAAGCAGCCUGACCCUGGUCAUGAAGCACAUGGUCAAGAGAUAUGGUAAGGGAGUGAACAGGUCCUGACCACAAAAUACACGGCAGUCAAGACCAAGUACUCCAGCAGAAAGUUCUGGAGGAUCAGCACCAUCCCUCAACUGAACGACCAGGUCAUCAAGGACUUUUUCUCUGCUAGGAAGAAUCAGGUUUUGACCCUGGGCCAGGAGGCAGCCCAUACAGGAGAGGUGGCCCCUAGAUGCUUUUUAAAGAACUGUCUUGGAGAGUUGCUCUUUAUUCGUUAGUCUAUAUGUGUCUUAUCAACAAUAAAGCUCUUGUAGAAAACUCU